CAAUGUGAGUGAGACAACAACUUAACACAUUACAUAAAACCUUAAACGUGGCUGCGAGAUUCAUCAUAGGAGAAGCACUCACUUCUCUUCUCUCUGUUGGAAUUGCUUUCACGGAUUCCCAAGGCAUAAUAGAACUUCAAAUAUCUGGUUGUAAUAUCAGAAAUCCUUUCUUUGCUGUUUCUCUGGAGCUUUAACAACACAACAAUGGGAGCUGGAGGGCGUGUCACUAAGAUUGAAGCUCAAAAGAAGCCUCUUUCAAGGGUUCCACAUUCAAACCCUCCAUUCAGUGUUGGCCAACUCAAGAAAGCAAUUCCACCACAUUGCUUUGAACGUUCUCUUUUCAUAUCAUUCUCCUAUGUUGUCUAUGAUCUCUUAGUGGCCUACUUACUCUUCUACAUUGCCACCACUUAUUUCCACAAGCUUCCAUACCCAUUUUCCUUCCUUGCUUGGCCAAUCUAUUGGGCCAUCCAAGGCUGCAUUCUCACCGGUGUUUGGGUGAUUGCUCAUGAGUGUGGCCACCAUGCCUUCAGCAAGUACCAACUUGUUGAUGACAUGGUUGGUUUGACCCUUCACUCAUGUCUAUUAGUUCCUUAUUUCUCAUGGAAAAUCAGCCACCGCCGCCACCACUCCAACACCGGUUCCCUCGACCGCGACGAAGUGUUUGUCCCGAAACCAAAAUCAAAGGUAUCAUGGUAUAACAAGUACAUGAACAAUCCACCAGGGAGGGCUAUUUCCCUUUUCAUCACACUCACACUAGGAUGGCCCUUGUACUUGGCCUUCAAUGUUUCUGGCAGACCCUAUGAUAGAUUUGCAAGCCACUAUGACCCUUAUGCUCCCAUAUACUCUAACAGGGAAAGGCUUCUAAUUUAUGUCUCAGAUUCAUCUGUCUUUGCUGUAACAUAUCUGCUAUAUCACAUAGCAACUCUGAAAGGUUUGGGUUGGGUGGUAUGUGUUUAUGGGGUGCCAUUGCUCAUUGUGAAUGGGUUUCUAGUUACCAUAACCUAUUUGCAGCACACACAUGCAUCAUUGCCUCACUAUGAUUCAUCCGAAUGGGACUGGUUAAGAGGAGCAUUGGCAACAGUGGACAGAGAUUAUGGGAUACUGAAUAAGGCAUUUCAUCAUAUAACUGAUACGCAUGUGGCUCAUCAUUUGUUCUCAACAAUGCCACAUUACCAUGCAAUGGAAGCAACCAAUGCAAUAAAGCCAAUAUUGGGUGAUUACUACCAAUUUGAUGGCACCCCAUUUUACAAAGCAUUGUGGAGAGAAGCCAAAGAGUGCCUCUAUGUGGAGCCAGAUGAUGGAGCUUCUAAGAAGGGUGUUUAUUGGUACAAGAACAAGUUCUGAUGCAUAGUCAGAGUUGGAAACGUUCGUGUUAAAUUAGAAACUUAAGUACUUUAGUAACUUGUAAUGGUCAUCAACAAUAAUAAACAAUGUGUGUGUGGAUUUGCCAUGUAAUGUACUACUACUAC